AUGAUGGAAACCAUCUCAGGAUCCGGCGAGGGGCUGGCUACCCCAUCCGCUAUACUUUGUGGAGGUUGUGGAUCGGUAUCGUGUUCUCAUGCCAGGGUGAAGCCGGCAUAUAAACAGGGAGAUCUUCGUGGAACGUGCCAGCGUAUUGCAGAAGCUGUUUUGGGGAAAGACGACGAUUGGCAGAUCGGCAAGACAAAGAUUUUCUUAAAGGAUCACCAUGAUAUGCUCCUUGAGAUUGAGAGGGACAAGGCCAUAACGGACAAAGUGAUCCUCAUCCAGAAGGUGGUCCGUGGAUUUAAGGACAGGUCCAAUUUCUUGAAAGUGAAGAAUGCAGUUUUGAUGAUUCAGCGGAACUGGAGGGGACAUAAUUGUCGGAGAAAUUAUGGUGCGAUGAGGAUUGGUUUCCUGAGACUGCAGGCUCUCUACCGCUCCAGAAAACUCCACAAGCAGUACUACAUGGCUCGCAAGCGCAUCAUCGAAUUCCAAGCCAGAUGUCGGGGUUUCUUAGUGCGUCAGGCUUUCCGCCAUCGUCUCUGGGCUGUCUUCACUAUCCAGGCCUAUGCCAGGGGUAUGAUCGCUCGUCGCCUGUUUAAGCGCUUGAAGGGCGAGUAUCAUCGGCGUCUGGAAGCAGAAAAACUGCGACUAAUGGAAGAGGAGCGGCUCAGGAAGGAAAUGAGUGCAAAGAAAGCCAAAGAGGAAGCUGAAAAGAAACACCAAGUGCGGCUGGCACAGCUAGCUCGGGAAGACGCUGAAAGGGAAGUAAAGGAAAAGGAGGAAGCUCGGCGGAAGAAAGAGCUGUUGGAGAGGAUGGAGAAGGCCCGAAAUGAACCAGUGAAUGAUUCUGAGAUGGUGGACAAGAUGUUUGGAUUCUUGGGAACCACAGCUUCUUUGCCAGGCCAAGAAGGACAAGCGCCGAAUGGAUUUGAGGAUCUUGAGAGGGCUCCAAAGGAGUUGGAGGAAGAUGACCUGGACACAGCCUUACCCUUGCCAGAGGAAGAGGAGGAGGAUCUCUCCGAGUACAAAUUUGCCAAAUUUGCUGCCACAUACUUCCAGGGCACAACCACGCACACGUAUAUCCGGCGCCCUCUCAAACAGCCGCUCCUGUACCACGAGGACGAGGGAGACCAGCUGGCAGCCCUGGCAGUGUGGAUUACGGUUCUUCGCUUCAUGGGGGACCUUCCUGAACCAAAAUACCACACAGCGAUGAGCGACGGCAGCGAAAAGAUUCCAGUGAUGACCAAGAUUUACGAGACUCUCGGGAAGAAAACGUACAAGAAGGAGCUCCAAGCCUUACAAAGUGAAGGAGAGAGCGCUCAUAUCGACGGCCACAAGAAGAACAGCGUGCGGCACAAGCUGGUGUCUCUGACGCUCAAGAAGAAAUCUAAGCUAACGGAAGAGGUGACCAAACGGCUUCACGACGGCGAGUCCACAGUCCAGGGCAACAGCAUGUUGGAAGACCGGCCGACUUCCAACUUGGAGAAGCUCCACUUCAUUAUCGGCAAUGGGAUCCUUAGGCCGGGAUUAAGAGACGAAAUUUAUUGUCAGAUCUGCAAGCAACUGACCCAAAAUCCUUCCAAAAGCAGCCAUGCCAGAGGGUGGAUCCUGAUGUCUCUAUGCGUGGGGUGCUUCGCCCCUUCGGAAAAGUUUGUCAAGUAUUUAAGAAAUUAUAUCAACGGCGGGCCUCCGGGUUACGCUCCAUAUUGCGAAGAACGACUCAGGAGAACGUUUGCCAAUGGGACCAGGACUCAGCCCCCAAGCUGGCUAGAACUUCAGGCAACCAAAUCUAAGAAGCCCAUCAUGUUGCCGGUCACGUUCAUGGACGGGACCACGAAGACUCUGUUGACCGACUCGGCAACAACAGCCAAAGAGCUGUGUAGCUCUUUGGCUGACAAGAUCAGCCUGAAAGACCACUUUGGGUUCUCGCUGUACAUUGCUCUUUUCGACAAGGUCUCUUCUCUGGGAAGUGGCAGCGAUCACGUGAUGGAUGCCGUAUCUCAGUGCGAGCAGUAUGCCAAAGAGCAGGGGGCCCAGGAACGCAAUGCCCCCUGGCGACUUUUCUUCAGGAAGGAGAUCUUCACGCCCUGGCACAACCCCAGUGAAGACACCGUGGCCACGAACCUGAUUUAUCAGCAGAUUGUGCGGGGGGUUAAGUUCGGGGAAUACCGGUGUGAAAAGGAAGAAGAUUUGGCUGAGUUGGCUUCUCAGCAAUACUAUGUGGACUACGGCUCUGAGAUGGUCUUGGAACGGCUGCUGAAUCUGAUUCCCUCCUACAUCCCAGACCGAGAGAUCACCCCUUCAAAAACCUUGGAGAAGUGGGCUCAGUUUAUCAUUGCCGCCCACAAGAAGGGGAUCUAUACUCAGAAAAGGGCAGAUCCCAAAAAAGUCAAGGAAGAGGUGGUCGAUUUCGCACGCUUCAAAUGGCCUCUGCUGUUCUCCAGAUUCUAUGAAGCUUUCAAAUUCUCAGGGCCUAGCCUUCCCAAAAAUGAUGUGAUUGUAGCUGUGAACUGGACAGGAGUGUACUUUGUAGAUGAACAGGAGCAGGUCCUUCUGGAACUUUCCUUCCCAGAAAUUACAGCCGUUUCUAGCAGCAGAGGGGGGAAACUUCAGGGCCAGAGCUUCACCAUGGCGACCAUCAAAGGAGACGAAUACACCUUCACCUCCAACAACUCAGAGGACAUCCGAGACCUUGUGGUGACGUUCCUGGAAGGCCUGAGGAAAAGGUCAAAAUUUGUGGUCACCCUCCAGGACAACCCAAUUCCUGUGAGCGAAGACUCUGGCUUCCUCAGCUUCCUCAAGGGAGACUUGAUCGUUUUGGACCAGGACACCGGAGAGAACGUGAUGAACUGUGGCUGGGCCAACGGAGUCAACGACAGAACCAAGCAAAAAGGAGAUUUCCCGACAGACUCUGUUUACGUCCUCCCCACGGUGACGAUGCCUCCUCCGGAGAUCGUGGCGUUGGUUACGAUGACUCCAGACCAGAGACAGGAUGUGAUCAGAACAGCUUCAUUGGCAUCAUCUGAUAGUGAGGAGAGGACGAAGCCAUACACCCUGGAAGAAUUCUCCUAUGAUUAUUUUAGGCCUCCCCCGAAGCACACCCUCAGCAGAGUCAUGAUCACCAAAAACCGAGGAAAAGACAAAAUGUGGUCCUACACUCGCGAGCCCAUCAAGCAACCCCUCCUCAAGAAGAUCCUGGGCAGUGAAGAGCUGUCACAAGAAGCGUGCAUGGCCUUCAUCGCCGUCCUGAAGUACAUGGGCGACUACCCUUCCAAAAGGACUCGCUCAGUGAACGAGCUCACCGACCAGAUAUUUGAAGGGGCUUUGAAAGCCGAGCCGCUCAAAGAUGAGAUCUAUUCGCAGAUCCUGAAGCAGCUGACCGACAACCACAUCAAGUACAGCGAAGAGAGAGGUUGGGAGUUGCUUUGGCUCUGCACAGGCCUGAUCUCUCCGAGUAAUGUCCUCCUGCCCCAUGUCCAGCGCUUUAUCCAGUCUCGGAAGCAUCACCCACUGGCCAACGACUGCAUGCAGAGGCUCCAAAAGGCACUGAGGAACGGCUCUCGCAAGUACCCUCCCCACCUGGUGGAAGUGGAGGCAAUUCAGCACAAAACAACUCAGAUUUUCCACAAAGUGUACUUCCCAGAUGAUACCGACGAGGCGUUUGAAGUAGAAUCAAGCACCAAAGCGAAGGAUUUCUGUCAGAACAUCUCAACGCGGCUGUUGCUGAAGACGUCGGAAGGGUUCAGCCUGUUUGUCAAAAUCUCUGACAAGGUCAUCAGCGUACCUGAAGGAGAUUUCUUCUUUGACUUUGUCAGACACCUGACCGACUGGAUAAAGAAAGCCAGGCCAGCCAAAGACGGGAUCGUGCCUUCUCUCACCUAUCAAGUGUUCUUCAUGAAAAAGCUGUGGACCAACACUGUGCCUGGAAAGGAUUCGAUGGCCGACUCCAUCUUCCACUACUAUCAGGAAUUACCAAAGUAUCUCCGCGGUUACCAUAAAUGCACCCGGGAGGAAGUCCUGCAGCUCGGCGCCCUGGUCUAUCGAGUGAAAUUUGAGGACGACAAGUCCUAUUUCCCCAGCAUCCCCAAACUCCUGAAGGAGAUGGUGCCUGAACCUCUCAUUCGACAGCUGUCUCCAGAUGACUGGAAGAGGUCAAUAGUGGCCUAUUUCAACAAGCACGCUGGCAAAACGAGAGAAGAAGCCAAGCUCGCCUUCUUAAAGAUUGUAUACAAGUGGCCUACCUUUGGAUCAGCUUUCUUCGAAGUGAAGCAAACGACUGAUCCAAAUUACCCAGAGCUCCUCCUGAUUGCCAUUAAUAAGCACGGUGUGAGCCUCAUUGAUCGGAAAAGCAAGGAUAUCCUCAUCACUCACCCCUUUACAAAAAUCUCCAACUGGAGCAGCGGAAACACCUACUUCCACAUUACCAUCGGCAACCUGGUGCGGGGAAGCAAGCUGCUCUGCGAGACGUCAUUGGGCUACAAGAUGGACGACCUCCUGACCUCCUACAUCAGCCAGAUGCUGACAGCGAUGAGCAAACACCGGAGCGCGAAAGGCACCAAGUGAACUGAGAGAAGCCUCUGGCCAGCCACUCUGGUGCUACUUUGUCAGCUGGGGGCUGUGGGUCACCCCUGCAGCUGGGGGAAGACGUUUUCCACCCACGUGUGGAAGAUGAGUCGAACUCCUUCAGAAAGCCUGUCAGACUCGGACCCCGAAGAGUCUGGGCUGACCUCCCCUUCGAGCGAGGAUGACUAUCUUUGAGGACAGCUUUCUGUUUGUAUCCCGCGCUGCCUCCUUUUCCUCUCUCGUUUUGGAUUUUUAAACCUCGACGGGGUUUUUUUUUUUUUUGCCCCUCUCAGACAGAGAAGCCACAAGAUUCCAACGUGGAUGUUUAACCAAAAUGGCGGCGGUUGCAAAGGCCUGUGGGAAAAGUUGGCAGGCCUCUUGUUUGAAAGAACAGCAGAGGGGACGGUGGACCCAACUUUCUGCUAGAAACAGACAUCCCCCCCCCCCACGGAUAAAAAAAUCACCCAGGUUUGAGGGCUGAACGUUCUCGAGAGAAGGAAAAAUUAAAGCGUUUUCUUUUUUAUUUGUGGGGAAAUGAAAUGACAGGCGAGGAAAACAACCACGUUUUUCAAGAGAGACAGAGCGAGGGAAGUUCCUACUGAAGAAGACCACCUUGUUAUAUGGGCAACACACUGUUAGUGCAAUAAGUGAAAUGUAUUUAAACUGGUUUGGUUUUA